AUAAACCCGUUGAUCAAAGCAAUCCCCCAACUGCUCGAGGCCAGUUCCUGUGGCUCCCGGUGGAAUUCACUCGGCAGAUCCGGAUCUGGUGAAUAUAAAAGGUCUGGUCCUGGGUGCGGACCCAUGUUCUGGACGAGGCUGCUGGAAACGGCUUCCUCUGCCAGUGCUGAGCCAGGCGCCAUGGCAGCAGUCACGGUCCCCUCAGAAGACACCAGAGACCCGAGUGCCCGCCCCAGGGGCCUUGAGGCGAGCCUGGAGACCAGCUCAGAAAAACUCCCCGCUGAGAGGACGAACACACGAACCGCUAGAGCCAGCCCUGCGCUGCGCCAGCACGAGCCUCCGGCCCUCUGCUCCCUUCCAGGUGGAAGGCCAGCGCGCCGGCAGAAGGCCGUCCCCGGAGCCCACCUGACCUUCGUCAUCGACUGUGCUCGAGGGAAGCAGAUCUCCCUGGCAGCGGCCCCAGGGCCACCCCGCACCCCUGGUCCCAGCCCGGGACCUGCCGUCCCUCCGAUGAAGACCUACAUCUUGUUAUGCGGGGGAAAGCAGGCCCCCAACCUGCCUCCGGAGGCUCCGCUAGGUGGCGGGGGCCUUGCCCAGGCCAGGGGCCCUUGCAGAGGGACUGCGCCCCCAGCUCCCCCCGCAGCCAGCCCCGGAGGCCUUGCGGAGGCUCCCGAGGCCAAGGGCAGCCCCGUGAAGGCCGUGUCCUCCAGGUCCUCCGCGUGGGGAACGGUCAUCGGCUCCCUCAAGGCCCUCUCCUCCUGCGUCUGCGCACAAGCGGAUUAACUGCCCGAGCCUGGCCAUGGAGGAGAGGCCCGGGGGUCCGUGCACAACUCCCAGCGUCCGCUCCUGCUUCCCCAGCCGAGCAGAAGGCUUUUGUACCUGAGCCAGGGAAGGAGAGUUAGAUCCUAAAGGACAUCUGAAACAGCCUAGUACCCUACUUCUUCCUCCCUCUCCAUGUUUGCUAGCCUUUCAGCGGCAGCAGGAAAAGGCACCGCCACAUAGAAUGAGGCUGACUCACUCACGCAGCAUAUUCUAAUGCAGCAUCUCCCAAAUGCCAGCUCUGCAAAGCACUGGAAAAGACACUGCAGCUUUCCUGGAGUUUGUAUUCUUGAGGGUGGGGGAGAAAGGUUAAACAACCGAAUAAAGACCAUUCGAACAGUGUAAUGA